GUUCAGGUUCAGCAUCACGGUGAAGCCAUGAAUUCUGACAACGCAGAGAAAACAGAAACAUAGCUUUCGCGUUCGGUGUAUUUCGCUAUAAUUUCAACUUUAUUUUGUAUUUUUCGCAUUGAAACUCCAUUUUUCCAAGCUUCUACCGCUUGUCCAACGGAACGUGAAUGAUCCUACCAAAAUGAGUGCAAAUGAAGAACAACCAAGCAGCAGUAAUAAUUCAACAACGUUCAUCGACAUAACUGACGAUGAUAGCUCGUUAAUAUCGCCAUCGGCUGUGGGAGUCGGUAAACCUUCUGCUGAUACCAUAAUGAGCGAUGAUGAGGGAAAAGUGUUGACAACCCUGGAACCUCCCAAAUCGACGCCGGUGGUUGCAAAAGAUAAGGCAAGUAUCCAGCCAAUACCUACAGCCGUCAAAAAGACUAGCGUAAGUAAGGUGGGUAACGGAUCCGAACUGACAUCAACGCAAAAGGACGAUUUACUAGCCAAAAUGAAAAGCCGACUGAGCAAACAGAUCGAUUUGAAAAUGGUGCCAACAACACCCAAAAAACAAACGCAACAUCAACAAUCUACGCAUCAUGAUUCAAGCGGUUCCAUUGAGAUUCCUCACGAUUUAAUUCUGAGCAGUGACAUACCUGCAACACCACUUUCGAGUGCUGCUGCGAAAGGAGAACUUGAAGAUCACGAUCUGAUUGCGAUUCUUGAGGGUGAUGAUGUAGAGAUUACGGAAAAUGCUACUGAAAUUGAAGUAACUGUUGGUCGAGAUGCAGGUUAUAACGAUGGACAAGUGUUGGAAGAGAUCCAGAUUUCAUUUAUUGAUGAACAAGAAGUGGAAAACGAACAAAAAGAACGCGAGAAAGAAAUUGCUAUGCGUCAGAUGGCAAAUCUACCGGCUCUUCCAAAAGGAAGAAGACCAAGGAUUGCUAAUACAUCAACACCCUUGGCAACAACUAAAGGACAAGCUGCAAUUAAAGGGCAAACCACGAUCAAAGGGCAAACGACGAUUAAACCAGUGCCUCGGCCAAUCCUUAUUCCCAAAAAAGAACCAGAAGAUAGUAGUACAGUUCCCGAUACGAAAAAAAUAACCUCUGCUUCUAAACCUGUUCUCCAAACAUCUUCAAUUCUACCAAAAACUCCUACAAAAAUGGUACCCUCUCCAAACAAUAGCUCUUCUCCACGAGAUAGUAAACAAUCUCCAAACGAACUAAUUAGUGCUUUGGUUUCCGAUUGGGAUGAUGAACCUUUGGGUGUUAAAGAGGAGCCAGUGACCACCAAACCAGUAUCCAAGUCGAAUACUACUCUUCCGAUGGCUCCGCCCCCACCGCCUGUAGAGCCACCUAAACGUUCACGAAUUAUCAAAAAGAAAAUUAUCUGGGAUCCGGACAAUCCCGAAACCCACAUGUCUUUUGCCAGUUUUGUUAAAUCUAAUCGGACGAAGGAUGUGGAAAGUCCGAAGUUGAAGUUAGAAGAAGCUCCGAAACUAUCACCUCCAAUAAUUCGACCGCCAGGUUCCGGCAUUCGACGAAAGCGAGCUGAAUCUGUGGCAGUUCAUAUGAUAAAAGAUCCUCCUUAUAACCCUCCUUCGUACUUCAAACGAGCACGAACACCAGAACCGGUCAAGAAACAAGCAAGCACGGUCCUCAACAGUAAUGCCCCGAAAAACUCCAAUGCAACGCGUAAGAAAAAAAGCGAAAUAGAGAAGCUUCUUGGAGAUGAAGGAGCGAUCAACAUGCUGUAUGAUGUGGAAUGUGAAAACAGUAAUAAGGACUUGUUGAAAGAUGCCGACAUUGCCCUAGACUCAGAUGACGAAGACGAAAAAUUGUUAGCUAAAGCAAAAAUAAUCACCGAUGCAGUUAUCAAGCAAGGAACAUCCCCAACCGAUAGUGCAGCAAACGCUCCGAGGUUCAGAACGAAACGUGCACCCACACCACAGCUGACUUCAACAAGUCCCUCGCCAACAGCAGCACCGACUACGACGAUUACCUCUACGGUUCCAACUGCCAGCCAACGCAAAAGUGGUGGAACUGCCUCCAAUGGAGCUAACAAUCGUAAACGUAAACAAACAUCGUCAGCUUCGGAAGAUUGGGAUUAUGUAUUUAACGCAAGAAAAACCUGCGAUGAUGAUAUGAUUAUUCGUCGACGUUCUAAUAGCUCAUAUUCCAGCUCCACAAGCCCUCGGAGAUUAAGUGUAGAACAAACUGCUGCAGCGACGAAUGAGAGUCCGGUCACUGAUCAGCAAAGCAAUUCCGGAUUCGAAUUUGUCAAACCAUCCGACAAAAGUUCUUCAAAGGGUGUUUCCAGCUUUAAAGUAGACUCAUCACUUGUUGCCGACAUGAAAGGAAAGCUAAGCAAAGUGCUUGGAGGCAGCAAGUCCCUAAAGGAUGACACUCUAAACAUAUCGAUUCCGUCUCCACAACAGCCACCUGAAAAGCGAGCUAAAAUCUCUCCUAAAGCCAAGGUUCUGUCCAAAACUGAUGGCGUUACAACUGUGAAGAUCAACGAGAAGGAAAUUACAUCCGCCACAGUGUCAAGCGGUGAAACACUGCAGAAUAAGUUGAAUGAGUUGAAAUUACACGAAAUUAGUUGUAAUUUGAUCAGCAGUUACGCUGAAAUCGUUUUGGCACCCAGGGAGACAAAAUUGAAAGACGUUUUCACGAUAGAACUUAUCAACGAGCUGAAAACCGUUCUUAUUCUGCUGAAAAAUGAAUCUAGUGUACGAGCAGUGCUUAUACGAUCUAGUGGAAAGCAUUUCUGCCGUGGCAUCGAUGUAUCCUAUCUCAUUCAACCUAACGCGGAAAAGCGUAAAAAUGUUGCUCAGGUUUAUAGUGGACAUUUAAGAAAUUUCCUUCAAACCCUGGUUAUGUUUAACAAGCCGAUGGUGGCAGCAGUACACGGGGAUGUUCUCGGACUUGGCGUUACCAUCUUGCCCCUAUUCGAAGUGAUCGUUGCAUCGGAGAAUACUACUUUCUGCACCCCUUAUGCACACUUUGGACAUCUUCCAGAAGCGAUGAAGAUAUUCAGUACCGCCAAAAAUCUAAAACCCAAGGCGAUCACCGAUUUGCUUUACCUUAGUCGGAAGGUAAGCGCUUCAACAGCUUUAGACUACGGAGUGAUUACAGAAAUCGCAUCUGCGGAGAGAUUACAAGACAGAGCCAAUAGUGUCACCAAGAGACUAUCAUCUCUAUCUUCACAAGCAUUUAAAUCGAUCAAAACGAACCUUCGCCAAGAACUUAUGGUUCGCCUAGAUGACCAGCUUGUUGCCGAGCAAAAGAAACUUACUCAGCAGUGGAUAACAACCGAAUGUCAGGAAAAAUUCAAACUAUUUUUAUCCAGAGGCGGCGAAUGGUAAUGUCCAUGUCGCAAAACUAUCAACUGUAAGUGAACGAAAUACUUUUAUUGCUUUUUUUUAAACAUCAAUCAUAUAUCAAUUGACAAAAUUUAGUAUAGUUACGGCUCAAUGAAGCUUUCGUUGGUAAGUGGAUUGAACAUUCACGGAAAAAAUAUAAUUCUAUAUUUUGAUUUAUUUAAGAUGAUCAAUAGAAAAUGAUUAAGUUUCAUAAAAAAAAUAAAACGAAUAAUGCAUUAUUCGCUAUGUUUAAACGAUUAUAUAAUUUAGGUAAGCCAAAUAUUUGAGCAUGAUGAAGAUGUACUUCAGAAAUGUAUGCCCAGGAAACAAACUUCAAUUCAUUACUUGUUAUAAUUCGAAACUAACGCAAGAAAAAAAAACUAACUGAAACUUUUCCUAACAAUUAGAUUGUGAUAUUACAUGAGUCGAUAUCAACAGUCAGACAUUAGUGCAAAUAUUUGAGUUUAGGCAAAAAGAAGCAAUGAAGGAAUUGUUCUUAUCUACGAAUUAAAAUGUAUGAAUGAUUAUACUGUAUAAAACUGUAUAACAUAAUUCUUAGUAAUAGAACUUCUAUGUUUUCAAAUAAAGUACUAUGACAACUACUGUCGUCAAAAAGCUCA